CUGCUGGGCUGCUGUUGCGCGGAGCGGUCGGUAGGCAGAGGGAGGACUGGGAGGAGAGCGGCUGCAUUGUAACUGUGGAGCAGAAGAACAGAGGGAAAAGGGGAAAGUGGGCUACAGAUCACACUCCACUGGAGACACAGAGCCUGAAGUCGCGGAGUGAGAAACACCGGCUUCGUAAACAGCGAAGAUGAAGAUCAGGUGACGAUUUACCGGUGUGUUUCAGGCUGAUUGUGUGGACAAGGGGUGAAACUUAAUCCAGUGACCGAGGAGUGAAAGGCCAAGUCCGGAUCUGUCGCUCCGAGGAGAGCUGCUUUCUGAACAGCAGCCCGAGCAGCUGCUCACCUCCCGACCCCCCGAGGAGCUCCCAGCAGCACGCGGGACACGGCUCCCUCCACACACGCGCUACAGUCCUGCGCCCAGACUUAAUAUAAACUACAUUAUCCGGGUUAACGUUAGCCCAGUCUGGGUCCAAACGGACCGCUCUGCAGUGCGGAGUGACUCAAACCACACAGGGAAAUGAGAAAAUAAAACAGCACAGAACUCUGUUUAGCGAUCCCGAGAAGAACUUCUUCAGACUUGUCUCUGUUUAUCCGCUCGGGGGUCCGGGUCCGCCUGCAGACUCACACGGUCGCGUGCGGCUUUCGGGCUAAAUGGUGAAUAAACGCCGAUCAGGGGUCGCUGAUUAAAGUGCUGUAGGCUCUGAUACUUUAAUCCGGCGCAAAAGUUGGAGGUAAAGCGGCGGAAGUCCCUCCUGGAUGGAAGAUCUGUCGGGAAUGUACCGUGUUGGUGCUUCUGGCACAGAGACGGAUUCGAUGGCUGGCGACGUGGACUCGGUUCAAGAAGGCAUUAUUUCUUUAGACCCGGUGUUGGACGGCAUUUUAACCGACUCGUUUUGCCAGCAGCAAGGAUGGGUCCGAGUGCACGAUGUGAAAGGUCCACCAAGUCACCACUUUUCUUGUGGCCUGUUGCCAUUCUCCACACCUGGCGUCUGGGAGAGGAAGUACUGCAUCCUUACAGACAGACAGCUCAUCCUGUUUAACAAAGAGGAAGAGAUACCGGCAGAGGUCCAGGACAGCCCGGCAGCCACGCCCUCCAAGAGUCGCAGUCUGCGGAGAACCGUCAGUGUCCCCUCUGAGGGACAGUUCCCCGAGUAUCCAGCAGAGGGAGCCCCCAUGUUGGAAGUGUCUGCUGAACACUCGCCUCGUCGGAGGAGCAUUUCAGGCCUGGGCUUCACAGAGAAGAAUGUGUCCACUAACGUACCCAACUCCUCGCCUUUCAAAGUGCCGGGUUUUUUCAGCAAGCGACUUAAAGGUUCCAUUAAAAGGACAAAGAGCCAAACCAAACUGGACCGAAACUUAAGCUUCAGGCUGACCUCACUGCGGCCCACUGAAAACGACAGAUCACGAGGUCUUCCCAAAUUGAAAGAGUCAUGUUCCCACGAAUCUUUGCUGAGUCCGGGAAGUGCCGUGGAGGCUCUAGAUCUCAGCACUGAAGAGGAUGUAUACAUCAAACCUCUGCACAGCAGUGUGUUAGGCCAGGAGUUCUGCUUCGAGGUGACGUACUUAGGGGGCAGCAAGUGUUUCAGCUGCACCUCGGCCUCUGAGAGAGACAAAUGGAUGGAGAACCUCAGAAGAACUGUGCAGCCAAAUAAGGACAACUGCCGGCGGGCAGAGAAUGUCCUUCGCCUGUGGAUUAUUGAGGCCAAAGACCUGCCACCCAAGAAGAAGUACUUUUGCGAGCUCUGCCUGGACGAUGUCUUGUACGCCCGCACGACCAGCAAGCAGCGCUCUGACUGCCUGUUUUGGGGUGAGCAGUUUGAAUUUGCAGGCCUCCCCACUGUAAACAGCAUCACGGUUCACAUCUACCGUGAUGCUGACAAGAAAAAGAAAAAGGACAAGAACAACUAUGUGGGACUGGUCAACAUCCCUGUGCAUAGUGUAAGUGGUCGACAGUUUAUGGAAAAGUGGUACCCAGUCAGUACACCCACCAUUAGCAAGGCCAAGGGUGGCAGCCCCUCUAUCCGCUUAAAGACUCGCUUUCAAACAAUGUCCAUCCUGCCGAUGGAGCAGUAUAAGGAGUUUGCAGAGUUUGUGACCAGCAACUACACCAUGCUGUGUUCGAUCCUGGAGCCUGUAAUCAGCGUGAGGAAUAAGGAGGAGAUGGCCAGCGCACUGGUACACAUUCUGCAAAGUACAGGAAAAGCCAAGGACUUUCUGACAGACCUGGUGAUGUCUGAGAUUGAUCGCUGUGCAGAUCACGAUGUGCUGAUCUUCAGGGAAAACACUCUGGCUACCAAAGCCAUAGAGGAAUACCUCAAACUAGUGGGCCAGAAGUACCUGCAUGAUGCCCUAGGGGAGUUUAUAAAGGCUCUGUACGAAUCGGAUGAGAACUGUGAGGUGGAUCCCUCAAAGUGCUCCAGCAGCGAGCUGCCCGAACAGCAGAGCAACCUAAAAAUGUGCUGUGAGCUGGCUUUCUGCAAGAUAAUCAACUCCUACUGUGUGUUUCCACGUGAGUUGAAAGAAGUGUUUGCAGCGUGGAAGCAGCAGUGCCAGUCUCGGGGGAAGCAGGAUAUCAGCCAGCGGCUUAUUAGCGCCUCACUAUUUCUGCGCUUCCUCUGUCCAGCUAUCAUGUCGCCUUCCCUCUUUAACCUCAUGCAGGAAUAUCCAGAUGACCGCACCUCUCGCACACUUACGCUUAUUGCCAAAGUCAUCCAGAACCUCGCCAACUUCACCAAAUUUGGCAACAAGGAAGAAUACAUGGCCUUUAUGAAUGACUUCCUGGAGCAUGAGUGGGCAGGAAUGACCCGCUUUCUGCUGGAAAUCUCCAACCUUGAGACCAUCUCCAGCACCCCAGGUUUUGAAGGUUACAUCGACCUAGGCCGGGAACUGUCUCUGCUGCAUGCUUUGCUGUGGGAGGUGGUGUCACAGCUAGACAAGGGUGACAAUUCCUUCCUGCAGGCAACGGUGGCCAAACUGGGGCCCCUGCCACGUAUACUUGGAGAUAUUACACGCUCGCUUUCCAGCCCCACACUCAUACAGCAGCAGCUGAGACUCUUCCAAGACUACAACACCACCAACGACAUCAGCGGCAGUGUCUCCUCAGGACUACAAAGGAUUUUUGAGGACCCAACAGACAGUGAAAUUCAAGCCAGAGUCAAAUCUCCAGUUCAAGGGCACAUAGAGGUUUUGAUGCAAAUGAAGCCACAGUCACUGCACAGCAUGAGCUUUUCAGAUAAAGAGGAGCAAGAAAGCCAUCUCCCUAACGGCCGUAGCAUCUCUCUCAUGGACCUCCAGGGCUCUGUGAGAUCAGUUCCUCUUGAAACCCCUCCAAGGGUAAGUCGAGUAGGCUCCCAAACAUUCAUCGAUCAGCUACUACCCAUACCUCCCUACUUUCACCAUCCCAAGCAGCAGCAGCAGCCCCCUUGUGAGCCCAGAGCAGAAGUUGCACCUGGCGUCAACUUGCCCCAGAGUGCACCACAAGUGCGACGGCCAUUACACUCAACUGUAAUCCAGCAGUGUGGCCUGCAACCGCUGUCCUUCCAGAACCCCGUCUACCACCUCAGCAAUUUGCAUGUGUCGCAAGCCCGUUUAGCUGGUCCCCUGCAGUCCGACGCCAGCUCUGAAAACCUCAGCACCACAGGCAGCUCAUGCAGUGCCAGCCCUGGAGCCACACCCAGGAACUGCAUGCCUUCUACUGCCAACAGUGUGGAUGAGGCAGGACCAGGUCCCAGGGGUGUGCAGGGAGAAGAAGUGCCAACUGUGGCCGUCAGCGAACCCAACCACUGGCCCCCAGAGGCCCAGGCUGUGGCUGAGGCCAGGCAGCGCUGUGCUGGCACGGCACACAUCAUUAAAGUGGAGCAGCAGAGUCGAGGCCAGGCAGCAGCAGGAAAUGGAGCUUCCUGGUUACUGAAGUCAGUUUCCCACAGCACCCCACUGCAUGGUACAGCCAGCCUCAACACAGAGUCCCAGCAGCAGAGCAGUGCAUGCAACAGACAGCAAUCAACGUGUUCUCGGGAAAGCCCAAGGCCAAGCGGGUGCCCUAUCAGACAGCAGGUGCAGUCGCCAGUUGAAUCAGUCACAAUGUCUCCAGUAGAAAGGACCGCUGCAUGGGUGCUGAAUAACAGCCAAUAUGAGGAGGAGGACAUUCAGAGCAGAGAGGACGGCAAGCAUGUGGAGAAGUAUGAGCAAGAGAUCUCUAAACUGAAGGAGCGUCUGCAUGUGUCCAGCUGCCGACUGGAAGAGUAUGAGCGGCGGCUGCUGGCACAGGAGCAGCAGAUGCAGAGACUCCUGAUGGAGUACAAGGCUCGCCUGGAGGAGAGUGAGGAGCGUCUUUGCAGACAGCAGGACGAGAAGGACAACCAAAUGAAGAGCAUCAUCUGCAGAUUAAUGGCAGUGGAAGAGGAGCUGAAGAGAGAUCAUGCAGAGAUGCAGGCAGUCAUCGAUGCUAAACAGAGGAUCAUUGAUGCACAGGAGAAGCGAAUCAGCUCCCUGGAUGCAGCUAACGCGCGAUUAAUGAGCGCCCUCACUCAGGUCAAAGAACGCUACAGUGUGCAUAACAUUCGCAAUGGCCUUUCACCCACCAACCCCACCAAACUCUCCAUCACAGAAAAUGGCGAGUUCAAGAACAGUAGCUGCUGACUGCUGAAGGCUUUGGACAAGACAUGGCACCAUGUUCUCUAACUACUACAAAGCCUGUCUGCUUGAAAUGUAUGAAUGUUAAUGUAUAUAAACUGUAUCCUCAAUUGCUCGUGAGGUGCUACUGGAGGUAAAGGUUAUAAAGUGCUAAGAAGGUUUAAUUGUAUAUGACUUAUGUGGUAUAUAAAUGCUAAAACAACCAUUUUAAAUUUUAAGAUAUAUUUUUAAAUAUAUGAUGUAUUAAUAUGAAAUUAGAUUACUUGGAAGAGAAGGAUCAUGCCUUUGUUAUAUAGAUAUUUUGUGUGAAACAACUAAUUUUAGAUUAGAUUCAACAGGCAGGCAACAAAGUUCAUUAAAACCAAAAUGACUGACAAAAGUUUUAUUUGUGGUGUUUAAUUUGGUCAAAUAAGCUUUUUGUUUUCUUUUUGCUACAUUUUUCAUUUAGUGUGCUAGUAGGGUGGAUCGUUCCCAUCAUAGGCUGUCUGGGGUUCAGAUAAAUAAAGGUUCUUAGAGUAAGAAUAGUGCUCCUUUUUGAACUACCUGUUUGACUGCUUUAUAACAUCACUGCCCUUAUGUCCAUGUCUACUGCUAAACCAUACUGAUUUAAAUUCAUUUUUCAAUCAAAUGGUACAUUUCUACUGCAUGCUUUACAAUACUGCUCAAGUCCUCUCACAUUUCACAUUCCUCAAUCUUGUCACAUGUCUACUGGAAACACAUUGUAGAAGGCCACCCACAGUGUACAGCGCAGAAGGGAGUAGUGAUUGUGACUCACUGUGUCUGGAUAGAACUGUUUGUGCAAACAGACGAGUGAGUGACUUUCAGAAAUCAUAUCGUCCCACACCCAUAUUCUGCAGGGCAGUCCAGCUGUAUUUGGAUGCCAUGGGACCUGACAUUUUAAUUAAAGAGAAAAAACAAAAGAGAAUACAAAUUGUAUUAGUUCAUGUUUUUACUACCUCAGUGUUACCUUGCAUUGCACAGUAUUCUGUGUGCCUGGCUGUAUCAUAAACCAAUAAAUGUAUU